UAUGACAUGUUCCUUUGACGAUGGUUAUCAUCCUUUGUUACCCACGACGAGAGCCUUUUGUUUACCUCGGUUUUGUCAUUUACUUAUGCACACGGUAGCACAAUUCUUCCUAGAUAAAAUCUCGCCAUGCCCUCUGAAUCCAAAUCCAAACUCAAACCCAAUUCUCCACCAUCCUCCUCCUCCUCCUCCAUCAUCGCCAAAGAAACCCACGCUCUCACACUUUCCACCCUUUCUUCUCACUGUCCCCACCUCUCAACCCCCAUCAUCCGUCUUUCCACUCUCCUCGACAUCCCCCUAACCGUCUCCCUCAUUUUUUUGCUCGCUGCAUGGGGGAUUGCACAUCUCUACAUCCCGAUAUUCGCAAUACCACAUUGGAGCGGGAUCCUAACCCUUAUCUCUCCGCUUUGGGGGAGCAUGCAGACAAUCUUGGAAGAACGGGGCAGGGGAGAAGAGGGAGGGGCCGGAAAACCGGGAAAGGGUGAUGGGGCGCAGUGGUUGGUAUAUUGGCUGUUCUAUAUCGUCCUAGGGUGGAUGAGGGGUAUGGUAAGAGUGUAUAGGCCAGGAUGGGUAGGGGUCUUUGAAGUGGGCAGGAGUGGGACCCUGGUCGCUGUAGGAGGGGGCUGGUUCUCAAAAAGCGUCUUGAUGAGGGAGAAGAGUAAGGAGUUAAUAGAGGCGGAAAAGCGAGAGGCAAAGGAAGAAUCACAAACUAGUAUGAGGAGGGAGGAGAAUGAGAAAAAGGAUGGGAAGAAACAUGAAAAGCAAGAAAAAAAGUAAAAAGUGAUAAGUAGAAAGAUGAAAAGGCAGACAAAAGCAAGAGUGACAGGAAAGAAAAGGACAAGAAAGAAGAGAAGAAGUGAUGUCCCGUGGCCAAUCUCAAAAAGUCAAAAAUGUAUACACAGUCGUCCUUGAUGACAUGCGGUCAGCUUACACCUCUUAAGAAAGGUUCAAUACCUACGAUGCCGGCUUACUUCAUACAGUAUAACCCCUCAGAUUAUAUGCGACUGAUGAUACUCUAUAUCAUU